GAAAUUUUAAAUUAUCAACAAACCAACUUUGUAAAUGUGAUACUGUAUUAGCCCCAAUUGAUUUCAUUUAAAAUACGUUUGGGUGUUUGGGUGUUUUUUCCAGAACUUUUCUUAACUGUUCUUGACAUAAUAAAAAGAUCUUAGCAUCGCCAAAUCAUGAUAAUUAGUUACUAUUCAGAUUAGAUAAGACGAUCAGAACUAGAGGCCAUAUAUAAUGCACAAGGGACUAGUUGUGCUAUGCAUUCUUACGUGCAUUUGCUUGGUUAUUCAACUACUACCAUUAAUAUCGGUGCCUAUAACUGGUGAGUCCACUAAUUAUAAUAUUCGUCUAUCAACUUACAAGAAUAACACCUUUGGUUUGUUUGGAGUGUGUGACAUUGCUUUGGAUAUAUGUUCUCCCCCAAAGAUUGGAUACCCGUCCAAGCACAGUCAUUUUUACGCCAUCAGUGUUGAGGAAAAUUAUGAUGAUAAGUUUGGAGGAAUUGAACUACCCUCAGGAGCUACUUACACGAUAUCUAAGCUAUUGGUUGUACACGUUAUUGGAUUUUGCUUGACUGCCAUUAUAUUUUUGUUGAUUUCUUCGUUAUCAGUGAUACUUUACUUAGAUUCGAAAGGAUUUGAGUCGUCGAGGACAGCUCUAAAGCAUUUCAAAUACAAAUUAUUGAAACAAUCCAACGAUGAUAACGUAUCGCCUGCGUCUACUGGGUCAGUCAAACCACGGAAAAGAGAUCUCCGGCCAUAUUUGAGUCUCAUUCUAACCGCAUCGCUACUAUCCUUCCUAUCUACACUUCUUGCCUUUUUGGUAGAUAUUUUACUUUUCAUCCCUCACUUAAGCUACUUGGGUUGGAUUCAGCUUAUUCCCAUUAUACUACUUGCAAUUAUGGCAUCCAUGGUGUGUUUCAUCAAAAGAACUAUAUCUUCGAGAAAGUAUCUUGAAGAAGAAUACAAGACUGAAAUGGAUGAUAUGCGCAUGAGGAACAACGUUGAUACUACCAGGUGGAAUGAUGACUCAGCCAGUGAUGACGGCUUUUUCAUCUACACUAAUGGGUUUUACAGUAAUUAUAAUGAUAGCAACAGUCAUAAUAAGGGGAAGGGCGGCUGGAUACGACAUUCUCCGUAUAACGAUACUGCUGAUGAAGUUUCAAAUAAUUCUAGUCAAUUUGGUUUUUCAAAUAAUGAUAAUAUGGAACCAUCCCAUGAUCCGGAACCUAAUUCAGUUCCGAAUUCAAAUAAUAACAGGACCCUUUGUUGAAUAUUACGUAUUUAUACUUAUCAUGAAA